GAUUUGUCACGUGAUCACACCAGUAUGGCGACUCUGGAAGAUAAAGCGAUCUGGGAAGACGGAGAGGAAAGUUUGGGUGAACAGAUUUUGAAAUUGAAUACAGAUGAGAUAGUGACUAGGACCAAACUGCUUGAAAAUGAAAUCAAGAUUAUGAAGAGUGAAAUUCUAAGAAUCAAUCAUGACCUAACAGCAACAAAAGAGAAGAUCAAAGAAAACACAGAAAAAAUCAAAGUCAAUAAAACUCUUCCAUACUUGGUGUCAAAUGUUAUUGAGUUAUUGGACAUGGAGCCCCAGGACAGCGGGGAAGAAGAUGGAGCUAACAUCGAUCUUGAUGCACAAAGGAAGGGCAAGUGUGCUGUGAUCAAGACAUCCACAAGACAGACAUAUUUCCUGCCAGUCAUAGGAUUAGUGGAUCCAGAGAAAUUGAGCCCAGGGGAUAUAGUGGGUGUUAACAAGGAUUCAUACUUGAUUUUGGAAACCUUACCACAAGAAUAUGACUCGAGAGUGAAAGCUAUGGAAGUGGAUGAGAGACCUACUGAGCAGUACUCUGACAUUGGGGGUCUGGACAAACAGAUUCAAGAGCUGAUUGAAGCUGUGGUGUUACCAAUGACACACAAGGAAAGAUUUGAAACUCUCGGAAUACAACCACCAAAAGGUGUGUUACUCUAUGGUGCCCCAGGAACGGGUAAGACACUCCUGGCUCGUGCAUGUGCAGCACAAACCAAAUCAACAUUUCUCAAAUUAGCCGGGCCACAGCUUGUGCAGAUGUUCAUUGGAGAUGGAGCAAAACUUGUUAGAGAUGCAUUUGCUCUUGCAAAGGAAAAACAGCCCGCAAUUAUAUUCAUUGAUGAAUUAGAUGCAAUAGGAACAAAACGAUUUGAUUCUGAGAAGGCUGGUGACAGAGAAGUUCAAAGAACAAUGUUGGAAUUACUCAACCAAAUGGAUGGUUUCCAGCCAAAUGCACAAAUCAAGGUGAUCGCUGCUACCAACAGAGUGGACAUAUUGGAUCCUGCUUUACUACGCUCAGGGAGGUUAGAUAGAAAAAUAGAAUUCCCACACCCCAACGAGGAAGCUAGGGCUCGAAUUUUACAAAUUCACUCCAGGAAAAUGAACGUCAGCAAAGAAGUAAAUUUUGAAGAGUUGGCAAGAUGUACAGAUGAUUUUAAUGGUGCACAACUAAAAGCAGUUUGUGUAGAGGCUGGUAUGAUUGCAUUGAGACGAGAGGCCACGGAACUGGACCAUGAAGAUUACAUGGAUGCCAUCAUAGAAGUACAAGCCAAGAAAAAAGCAAAUCUUAUGUAUUAUGCUUAGUGACAGUGAAUUUAUACCAUGGAGAUCUGGAAAUUAUAUUUACAUUGACUGCAGAUACUGUUUAUAUGUGACCGAAACAAUAUAUGUGUUAGCGAUGACAGUUUAUAUCAAUAAAUUGUCAUUAAUUCCAAA